AUGUACAACACAUCGGGAAGACUGCAGCACUUGGGAUUUUUGCUAUUUGGAAUACUUUUAUUCUAUUCGCACGUAACCUCAGCAGAAGGCUUAGAAUCAGAUAUUCUGUAUCCGCCACAAUAUACUACUAACCGUAUAGUAGGCGGUCAAGAUGCAGCAGCUGAUAUUGCACCUUAUCAAAUAUCAUUGCAAACACUUAAAGGACGGCAUUUUUGUGGUGGUGCUAUAAUCGACAAACGUUGGAUUAUAACAGCUUCACACUGUUUGAUAGGCCAGAAGGCAGAAAACGUUAAAGUAUUAACCGGCACACAUAACUUACUAAACAAUACCAGUAAAUAUUAUUAUCCAGAUCGCAUAGUUACGCACUGCAAUUACAACAGUCCGGCUUAUGCAAAUGACAUUGCCUUACUGCAUUUAAACGACAGCAUUGAGUAUGAUGAGCACACGCAAGCCGUAGAAUAUGAUCACGAACCACUUAAGGCAGGAGAUGAACUUGUACUUACCGGCUGGGGCACCUUGUCAUUGGGUGGAGAAAUACCCAAUAAAUUACAAACACUCAAUGUGAAGUACGUGCCAUUCAAGGAUUGUCGCGCUGCGCAUGAUAAUAGCACUUGGGUAGACAUUGGUCAUGUUUGCACUUUCAAUGAUAAAGGCAAAGGCGCUUGUCAUGGUGAUUCUGGUGGUCCCCUGGUGCAUAAGGAAACACUCAAAUUGGUGGCGUUAGUAAAUUGGGGUCGACCUUGUGCUAAAGGUUUUCCCGAUGCACAUGCACGUGUUUCGUACUAUCAUGAUUUCAUACGAAGGAAUAUACACGGUUGUGAACAUGUGGAGAGUGAGAAAGAUCCGAGCGAACCUACAGCUACUUGUGCUCCAGAAAAAGAAAUAUAG